AUGUCCAAACGCAGUAGCAAGGGUCUCAAGCCGAACGCUUCUGCGGCCAUCACGAGCGAUGAAGGCGAGAAUUCAGAUACAACGCUAGAGAGCCGCCAGUCUACCAGUCGCUCGACGCGCGAUGAAACAUCCCGGCUGAGCGAGGAACUUGAACCCAUGAGCAUCGACGAUGUUUCUGAUCAGUCUUCUUCAAACGUUGCACCUCAUGACGAGAUCGACCCACUUGGGCGAGAUGUCAAAGAGGCAGCUACAGCUCUUAGCCAGCUUGAAGGACUUGGACUACAGAAGUUUGACAUUUCGCUUCCGCGAUGCAUCGUACUUGGGCAACAGAGCACUGGAAAAUCUUCGGUUAUUGAGGCUAUCUCAGGCAUCAAGACACCCCGCGAUACCGACACCUGUACCUGCUGUCCCUUGUACAUUAACAUGAAGCCUUCGAACACUUCCAACGACACAUGGACAGCACGAGUUUCCCUCCAGCGAGACUACGUACUAGACACACGGCCAAAAGAGGCGGCCAAAGAGCUUUUUCCUGGGUGGAUACCCACAGAAUCAAGGAGAAUCUUUUUCGCGGAGACAAGAUCUCGCCUUGACCUUGAAGGCAUCAUCCGAUCUGCGCAGAGCGCUAACUUAAAUCCACUCAUUGACCCGAAAGCAUUUUUGGCUACCCCGGGACCGCGUAUUGAUAUGAAUCAGAACAAGUUCAGUCCUAACGUGGUAUGCAUCGACAUCACGGAGCCUGGUUUACCGUCUUUGAGUUUUUUUGACCUGCCCGGUCUCAUCAGUCAAGCUGAAACCGAUGAGGAAGCGUACACUGUGCCAUUGGUACAGAAUUUGGUUGGACAGUACGUUGAGGAAGAAGGCUCACUGAUACUUGUAACGUGUGAUUUGGGCACAGACAUUGCCAAUUCCACUGCGGCGGGGCUAGCACGCCAAUACCACGCUACUGACCGAUGUAUUGGUGUAUUGACCAAACCUGAUCUGCUCGCGCCCGGGACCACGGACCAAUCUUUGCUCAAUGUUUUAGAUGGCAAGCGUUUCAAGCUUGGCCAUGGCUACUUUGUUGUCAAGAAUCUCAAUAAGCAAGAGAUUCGUGAUGGACUAGGCCAUCGUGAAGCUCGCGCCAACGAGAUGGAGUUCUUUAGCAAAGGUCGCUGGGCAAGCAAUCUCCGUCGCUUCCAGGAUCGCUUUGGGACAAAGAACUUGCAGCUUUACCUUUCGAAACAACUCGCUAAGCGCACUUUCAACAGGCUUCCCGAGAUCCGCAGUCAGAUUCGGGCCCAGCUUAACGAUAUCGAGAACGAGCUUGAGAGAAUUCCAGUUACUCCAGCACACAGUGCUGUGAGGGCGAUCACUGAUCAUAUAAUGGAAUUUUCCCUCGAUGUUCGUUACGAGAUGGAAGGCGAGCACGGUUAUACGGAGUGGUGGAAUACUUGGGAACGUAUCCAGAACGAUUUCAGAAAUGCGCUUAUGGCAAUGAAACCUGCCCUAAUGACCAAAGGACUUCUCGAUGAAGGCAUUUACGCAUGUACCUUGCCCGGCACCUCAGCGGAUAACGCCUUUCCGAUCGACUCUGAUGAUGAUGACGAUAUCCCGAUGCACGAUGUGCAAGUGAGCCCCAAGAAGCGUAAGCUAGAAGAUUCGUCCCAAACUCAGUCAUCGUCAAAGAGUGCGGUUAUGGGCGCAAAGCAACACCCGAAAGGAUCCCCAUCAAAGCGAUCAGAGAAAAAACCUGUGCCAUCUGGUUUCGCAAAAUUCAAGAAGAGUUAUAAUCUGGAUGCGGUCGUUCAUGAGAUCAGCCAAUCUUCCAAGAGCAAAAUACCAAAUCAGAUACACCCGAAGGUUCGGGACGCUAUGAUUGUCGAGCCACUGAAAGAUUGGCGACGCCCCAUGAACCUAUUAUUUUCAAAUCUUGAAAAUGAGAUUUCAUCGCGCAUGCAGUUUCUUUUCAACAAGCACUUCGUGAAACGCCAAGGCACUGAGCUGUUCCAGCAGAGUUGGAAGAUUAUUCACGAAAUACUUUCCAACAACAUCAACCAGCAGCAGACAACUAUGGCACAAGAAGCGCUCGAAGAUGAACUGGAGGGUCCAUAUAUUUUCCACCAAGACGUCUUUAACCAGGAGAAGGCUACAGUCCGCGAGAUCUACCGUCAGCAUCGACAGCACAUGCGCUUCGGCGUCUUCUUAUCUGAGGCCAACGGUUCUCUAGGCCGGAAAUUGACGCAAAAUGAGCAAGACAAGGUCCGCAAGGACAACAUGAAGAUGGCAUUGAUUGCGAAAGAACCAGAACCGUACGAGAAAGUUAUCGACCUGAUCGCCGAGAUCACAUCGUAUUACAACAUCGCAGCUCGGCGCUUCCACGAUUCAAUAUGUAUGCGCAUCGAGUCAAAGUUCUUCAAACAACUCCGUACUCAGCUGCGCGAGGAGCUCGAAACGGGUCUGGGCAUUCGAGACGAGGACCACGGACCUGUAAUUGCACAACGUCUCCUAGUCAAAUCUCCUGAGCACGAGAAACGUCGGCAGCAACUUCUUAUUCGAAAGGAAGCCUUGAGCAAGGGUUUGGAGUGUCUCAGUAUGCUAGACGUCAAGUAUCAAUGUGUCUCGUCAGGCAGCGCUGACGGUGCUACGGAUGAGUUCGGUCAUGAGGGAUCUGAUUCCUUCAUGAUCACACCUCCAGUUGAGGGGUUCUGA